UACUCCUCCUCCUCCUCCUGCUCCUCCUCCUCCUGCCAUGUCCAACGACAGCAGCCUCCUCGCCGUGUGGGAGGCCUCCGAUUGGUCGGACACGUCUCAGUGCCCGCCCUCCGUGGGCGGGGCAACUUUCCUGAUCGUGGCGUACAGCGCUGUCAUAGCAAUCGGGUUGCUAGGCAACGCAGGCCUGGUAUUCAUCAUCGCCCGGCAACAGGAGUUACGCAACGUCACCAACAUCCUGAUCGCCAACCUGUCCUGCUCCGACAUCCUGAUGUGUGUCGUCUGCCUCCCCGUCACCGUCAUCUACACCCUGAUGGACAGAUGGGUGCUGGGGGAGGCCCUGUGUAAGGUGACCCCCUUUGUUCAGUGCAUGUCAGUGACGGUUUCCAUCUUCUCGCUGGUCCUCGUCGCUCUGGAGCGCCACCAGCUGAUCCUCCACCCCACCGGCUGGAGCCCUGGCCCCGCCCACUCCUACCUGGCCGUGGGGCUCACCUGGCUGGUCGCCUGCUUCAUCUCACUGCCCUUCCUCUCCUUCAACAUCCUCACCAACGACCCCUUCCACAACAUCAGCCUCCCGGCAAACCCCUUCAGAGACCAUCUGAUCUGCAUGGAGCUGUGGCCUUCGGACAAACACCGUCUGGCCUACACCACCUCGCUGCUCAUCUUCCAGUACUGCCUUCCUCUGCUGCUGGUGCUGCUCUGCUACCUCCGGAUCUUCCUCCGCCUGCGACGACGCAGGGACAUGCUGGAGCGCAGCAGAAGGACUCGAGGAGCCCAGAGGAUCAACGUCAUGCUGCUAGCUAUUGUCAUCGCCUUCGCUCUGUGCUGGCUGCCGCUGAACGUCUUCAACACCCUGUUUGACUGGCAUCACCAGGCCCUGCCCGACUGCCAGCACGACGCCGUCUUCUCCGCCUGCCACCUGACGGCCAUGGCCUCCACCUGCAUCAACCCGGUGGUGUACGGCUUCCUCAACAGCAACUUCCAGAGGGAGCUGAAGCUGACGCUGCAGCGCUGCCAGUGCGGCAACCGGGCGACCGAGAGCUACGAGAGCUUCCCUCUGUCCACGGUCGGCAGCGAGGCCAUGACGAAGGCCACGUCCCUCAACAGGAUGGGGUCCGUGUGCAUCCCCUCACCUAAACCCGAGAUCAGCUCGGCACUACCGGCCAAAACGUUACCUGCUAACACCUAAAAACGGCUUCUAAGAGACAAACAGCAGCAGGUAACGAGCUGGUCGGUGGCUUAGAGCUGGAACCUGGACGGAACGGACGCUCAGAGACGGAGGCUGGAGCUUCGAGUCCAGAGAAGGAGACGCCCGGAGAACAGACUCAGCCGAGGGACGGAGGAGCUGAUUGGACCUUUCACUGAGCUUUGUUCUCGUCAACGUUCCCCCUAGAACGUCGCUCUCUAGAACUGCUCUGACGCUGUGUGUCGAAAAGCAGCGACGCGACGUUCUCACAAUAAAAAACAUCAACAACAACAACUGCAUGACGACGUUCCAGAACGUUCUCGUACGCUGAUUAUAUUCUAACGGUCUGAAAUGGAGACGUUCCACAACAAGUACGUUUUAUGUUCCGGGGAACUGUGACGUUCUGGAACAUACGGCGAAGGCAGCGCACCAUCGAACAAAACGUGUUAGUCUAAUCGUUUAUCUGUUUUUAUUGCAGCGCGCCCUCAGUUCAGUGGCACAUCCACCGCCACGCACAACAACAGCAACAACAACAACAACAACCACAAAAACAACCACA